AUGAUUCGGCAGACGGCUCCCGAUAUUGUCGCAAUCCCCACAGCAACAGAGGCACACUAUCCUCUCUGCAUGCGUGUCCUUGAACACGGUGUGAACAUUGAGGUAGAGAAACCGCUCUGUACUGACCUCAUUCAAGCGGAUGCCGUACUGGCGAAGGCGAAAGAGAAAAACGCCCGCGUUGCCGUACAUCAUCAACGACGCACGAGUCCUUCGAUGCAGGCAGUCGCCAAAGUCCUAAACGAAGGAAAAAUCGGUGACCUCCGUUACAUCUACGCCAGCGGAAAAGGCUACUACGCCGGUUAUGGGUUAAUGAACAUCGGAACGCAUGUCAUUAACAAUAUGCUCCGUUUCGGCGGGAAGUGUCGAAGUGUUGUAGCACAAGCGACGACAGGCGGACGUGCCAUCGGACAUGACGAUGUCCUUCCUUCACCAGCCGGCAUGGGGAUAGUCGCAGGCGAAUACGCUACAGCGACGCUCCAAUUCGACGGAAACGUCACCGGCACUCUCAUUCAGCACCGAUUCCCGAAGGUGGAUACCGAUGCGUACGUCAUGGAACUCUACGGCACUGAAGGCAGACUCUUCUGGUCGGAACUGAAAGGUUCGUGGUGGCUACCUACACCACACUUUGUCCCUGACGGCACACACGACCAGUGGCAGGCACUCGCGUCUAUCUAUCCAGAUCAUUUUGACCCAGACAAAGGCGCAAAUGCCGACGACUACUGCUUCGUUGAAGAAUAUGUGAACGCUCUGGACGAAGACCGAGAACACGAAUCUAACGGCGAAGAGGGUCGCCAUGUCAUGGAAAUUCUAAUGGCGAUUUUCGAGUCUGCCGUUUACGGCACACGCGUCGAGUUACCCCAGAAGAACCGAGAGCAUCCACUACCGCGGUGGCGCGCUGAAGCCGGUUUGGUGGUGAAGUAA